AACAACUGCAAGGGCGAGGGAGUCCGACAGGUUCAGCUGUCAGUCACUGCCCAGAAUAGUGCAGAACGGGCAAGGGGAGCUCGCUACACAGCUUCGGAGACCAGAAGCGCGAAGGCACGGUGAAUGCGUCCAAGACCAUCGAUUCAACAGAAACCGGGAAGAUGUUCCAGAUUGAGAAGGACAUUGGGGACCAUUUCUCGAAGGACCCGCGUGUAAGUGUUAGAAGCGCUUGUGCUGACUAUAUGAGCGACACGGCUAGUUUAGUGAGUGAAUUAGACGAAACGGAUAAUGAGGUGCGGAAGUUAACUGCUUUAGCUUUCCGGAGCCUGGCCUGCCCUCACAACAAUUACAUCGACCUUUCUAGUUCGAGGGCAUCCACGGAUUGGUCCCUGUCGCUGUCAGAGGACAGUAGUACCACUAACAAAUGGUCAACCUAUGCAGAGUUGAGUGAAUCUAGCUUGGCCGAAACUAACGAGCACCCCACGAACCCCAUCCGCGCCCCAAGCGCAAAGAGCGAGGAGAGCAGGGAGGAGAGAGCUGGCCAUUCUUUGGGGGGAGGGCAUUUUGAGUGUGUCGAUAUCGUUGUGGAGACUCAGGAGGGUCGGACGGUUCCAAAGAGAGAGAUACUGUUUAAAAAGCGAGAGAGAAGUGAGCUGACCGUCUUCCGAUCGAAUGGUGCCAAUGGUGGCCAAUGCACGGCUCAAUAUGGAGGAGCGGUACAGAAGAGGGAGGAGAGCAGUGUUUGCAGAGAGGAUGUGGCUGCGGAGGCGAAGGAAGGGGCCAGCGACAGACCGUUGCAAAGGAUGGAAUCUGUGGAAGAGUGCUCCAAAAAGGCGAAACUUGCAUCUUGCCACAUUUCCAAUGUCAUUUCUAAGAAGAUGCAGUUUGAGCAAGAACUCAAGAUGGAACGCGGCGCCCUCCACGAAACCUAUUCGUCCGUCCCCUCUACACCUUCCUCUGCAAAUGUAAAAGAAUUCGAGUUCCCCGCCCAGGGAAGUCAGCAAGAAGGUAAAAGGCGAAAUUCCAGCGCAAAGCCAGAGAGCGAUAUCUCCGGGGAAGAUCACCCAGCGCAUUUCAGAAAGAAAAGCUGCGAUCUGAAUGCUGACAGUACAGAUGACAAGAGAAGUAUUCUGAGGCAAGACAGCUGUGGUUCUCUGAAGGGAGAAAACAUCACCUUGGAUGGUCUAUCCAAUCGCGACAUUCUCGAUCGCUGGAAGGAAAGUAAUACAGACACCCAGAAAGGAAUGAAGUCAGGGAGACCAACGGGACUGAGCGGAGUUAAAUCCCAGACCACGCUUAGUGAUUUAGGCCACAGUCAAUCAGAAGUCCCAACCGUUCGAAGUAACUCAGAGGACACUUAUAAUGUCGACUGUAUCCCACAAGUUGCCAAAAAUAGAUUGCAGGCGAGCUGUUUGACAGAAAGCAAGCUGACAGGUUACCAGGACAAAGCCAGUCACAAACAGUCAGGUAAUAAAUUGGAUUCAACGAAUGCCUUUAGGAACAUCUUAGUGUCACAAACAUCAGAGAAGAUAUCUGCUUCUGGUACCAAACAUGACAAUCAAGUGGAUCUUUUUGGAACAGUUGAACAGUUGGCUCCAAACAUUGGCUCCCUCAGUAAGAUCAUCACUCUUGACCCCAAGUAUCAGACCCUUCCAGCUUCAUUUAAGUUUGAGACAGAUGGCUGCAGAAUGAAAGACCUGCAGUUUAACAGAAGAGAAUCUAUACAACAGCGAACUAAAGGUCCAAUUCAUCAGGUGCGGGAUGUGCGUAAGCUUGUUAAGAACACCUAUGGUGCUUUAAGGUUCAAUGCCGGUGAAGCAAAAACUUUUGGAUCUGCACAGGUUCUUCAGCCUAAUGGCUCAAGUUUGGCCAAGGCAUCUGAUCAAAUAGAUGCAGCAAUGAAUGUUACUCAAACAGUGCCCAUUUACAUUCAGUGCAAGUCAACUGGUUGGAAAGGCAACAGUGGCAAUUACAGCAAUAUAUCAGUAGACAAAAAAUAUUGGACUUACGCUGGGAGUACAGACACCUCCAGGUCAUAUUCUAAUGAUAUUGAUUUUUUGAUUCCCUUCAAUACAAACAAGAGCAUGUUAGGCUCGCCCCAAAAAGGAGGAACUGAAAGUCAGACUGAUAAAAAAGAUGAGAAGAAAGAGUGUGAGGUGCUAAUGGAGUCAACUAGAUUGAAGAACUCCAAAAAGAAAAUGAUCAAAGAUGACAAAUUACAAAUUGUAUCCGCUUCAAAUAAGGAAGAGACCGGGGUGCCUCUCAGGAAGGAUAACACUGUAAAGGAUUCUAAAGAAAAACACGGUGAAAUGCUAGCCAAACAGAACUUAAACAAAGAAGGUUGCAAUUCAUCAACUGAGUCAGAUAAGUUCAAAAUAAGUUACCCUGCUGGAAUAGAGAACCGGAAUUCAUCUUUAUCAUUUUCCAAUCCUAACACAAAAGGUAAGAAAGUUGAAUCUAUUGGAGCUAAUCAAAGUACAGCAGAAAAGCUUAGAAAGGAUUAUAUAGAGCCUGUUCCACUGAAGAUAGAUAAUAAAGUGCCAACCAAUAAAGUUUGUUCCAGAAGAGAAGAUUCAACAAAAUUGCACAGUGAAAAUAAACAUUCUGGAAGUAAAUCUUCACUCAAUGAGGAUUUGAAUUUAAUGCAUGGAAAAGCUGAUUCUAACAAAGAGAUUCAAAAUAGACCAGAACAUACUAAUAAACUCCAGAAGAUUACAAUUUCAAAGAAUAAUGACACCAAAAUAGUAGUGGAGAAGAAUGAAGCUAAAAGUGCAGAAAGCCAGAAUAAACAUACUUUAUCUCUUAACACAAAUGAUACAAAGUUAUCUACAGGUAAAGAUACUUUGGAGAAAGUUAAUUUCAGGUUAGAUCUUCAGAAGACAUCAUCAAGGAUGUCUUCAUUAAAAAGUGAUGGGACUCAGGAAUUAACAGGGAAAGGGCAUCUUAACAAGGAAAGCCAAGCCAGAAAACUGGGAAAUAAAAAUAGCAUUUCUGAAUAUUCAUUUUUCAAGACUGAAAAAUUCAAAGGAAACGAUGAAGGUGGAACAGAAGGCCAAAGCAAGGUAGAAGAGAAGAGAAAAUCCUCCGGGAACUCCAUGCUUAACACGCCCAUAGGAAAAGAGGAGGAUAUGAAGCUUGCACCUGAAAGUAAGAGUAUACUGAUGAGCAAGUCACUCUCCCAAACUGCAGAGCUCACAAAGUUACCUGGGAGAGGUGAGUCUAAAACUGAGACACAAGUUGGUCGACAAAAGGAGAACAAGGUUUGUAAUCCUACAUCAAAGAGUGAAGAACCAAGUUCAACAUUUGGGAGAUAUGAAACUGUCAAAGAUAUACAAGUUCGGCUAGAGAAUCAGAGUAAAGGUCGAGGAAAGUUAAAUGAAGAAAAGUCUGGAAAAAUAAAAGCUGUUAGUGAGAGUCAAGCUGGGCAGGAUAAUCAGAAAAGGCUCCCUGGUUACUGCACCCAGACUAGUGAAAGCAAGAAUGAGCCCAAGAAGGAAAGCCAGGCAGAGUGUGAGAAUCAAGAAAGAAACAUUGAACAAGUCCAAGCUUCAGAAAAAAGUGGAUCAAAAAUGUUAAAAGAUCCCAUAAAGGAUAGUUAUGUUUUAUCAUUGAUCUUAGAAGAAGAAAGCAGCAAGAAUAACUUCGAAUCUACUGAUAACAACAUUAGAAGUAAACAACAUUCAUCUGUGAAGAAUCAGGCCUUAAAUACCUUCAGUGCACAAACUUCUCAUUCCUCUUCAGGUGUCAAAGAUAAACAAAGUGCACCUAUUGUAAAGGCCACAAAUCACCACCAGACCAUACAGAGCACAGCAAAGACAUCAACUCAGAAACUUGAAAGCCAUGGUAGUAUGAAAAGCACAUCAGGGUUUGCCAUUGAUAUCCCCAUAUCAACAUCUAAAGUGGAAUACCAAGAUACAACUUCACAAAUACAUCCAAGUUCAGCAGAAUUUAAGAUGAAAACCCUUCCUCCAAUAAAUUCUGUUGCUAGAGUGUUUGGCCAGGAUCAGAAGCAGAGUUCCUCUGCAGUUAUGGUGCAAUCGGCUAGAACAGAAGCCAUUCAAGAACAUGGAUCAAAGCCCUUGGAAAGUGUAAACUACCUUGCCAUUCCUGUAAAGGAACAAAGGACACAGCCAUCAAGUCUAGGACAAACAACUACUUCCCCUCAUUCUGCCACCAUUAAAUCAAUGCCUUAUUUUCAACAUCAGCACAGCUUGGAGAUAACUGAACCUCCAAGACAAGAAAAAGAGUUGAUUUCUCGUCAGGUUAGUCAGGAUCCACGGUUCUCUGGCAUGUCUCUGCAGAAUCCAUAUUGUGCUUCUUCAAACCAAGGGCAGCCUCAAUUGUCCUCUUGUUCUCCAGGAACAAUGCCAUUAAACUUUGCGGAGACAAUUUGUGAAGUAGCCCAGUCUUCUCAAGAAACAGACAACCCUUGUGUGCCUUGUUUUCAGUACCCUCAGACUCAGAGAAAGAUGCUUGUGGAUCCAGAGACUGGAAACUAUUACUUUGUGGAUGCUCCAGUUCAGCCUUCACGUAAAAUGCUGCUGGACCCAGUAACAGGGCAGUAUGUGGAAGUUGUAAUGCCUCAGCAGCCCUUUGGUGGAGUUUAUCAAGUGCCUUUCUCUCCUUACCUCCUACAUCCAGGAGUUAUGGGUCCAUCUUAUUUACCCAAUAUGCCAUAUCCCGGGGUAUUUGUUGGACCUUCUUCACCUGCUCAAAGACCUCUGGAUAUGCAAAGCCAGCCACUGUCUCAGCAAGGUUCUGCACAUGAUAAAGCAAGUAUACAACAUCCUGAACAGCCCAUCCAGAGGACUUUCUCCUCUGAAGCUGCACAGAUGGAGACUUUGUAUUAUAUUCCAACAGGUAUGACGUUAUAUUCAAACCCAAGUCAGCCUGGCCUGCAACAAGUAGCCAUGCAAGCUAAACCAUGUGUUGAUGUCAAAGACAGUAAAGCUACAGGUCAUUGGCCAAUCCAACAAACUUAUGAAGUGAGCAGCUAUCUGCCCCAUGGAAGGCCAAGCAGCUUUAUGGUGGAAUAAUUAGGAAACACAGUGUAUCUGAUGAGAGGCUUUCGAGUGGAAAGGAGAACCUACAACUCAGCAAGGAUUCAACCACAAUGCCACGCCAGGAACACAAGGUUUUACCAUGGCUUUGUUCAAGUGACGUCGAGAAGCAUUUAGUUCAUGGAAGGAGUUUGGUUCUGCCUAAAUAAAACAACAGAAAUGAGGAGAAAUUAUUGAUCAAUGCUCCUGUCUUCUUUUGAGCUCCUGGAAUAUAUGAGCAAUUCAUACAUGGCUCCAAUAGCCUCACAGACAUGGACCUCUGCAGUAUGUGAAAUUCUGCAGAUGCUGGAAAUCCAGAGUAACACACAGAGACAGUUACUGUUGCUUAAAGCCACCAGGUAGUUUAUGUUUUAAGACAAAUAGUUUGCCAAACUUUUUAUUUUCACUUUGUGUGUCACACAUUUGAGGAACUUGCAUUCAAUCUGCAAUAUAAAGCCGUGCAAUCUGAAAACAUAUUUAUCAAUUAGGUUAUAAAGACAAGGUAUAUUAUAAUUUAAUGAACAUCAGCAACUCUUCUUACAUUUUGUCACAAAAACUAAUAUCACCUCAACCUAUUUAAGAGAUCUGUCAACAAUUUGGGGGGUGGGGUUUGGAUUUCUACACUACAUAUAUUAAUUGAUUUAGCAUGGAAUUUAAGUUAGUCAAAUUUUGUGCAAGCAUUGCUGGGAGAAUACAGAUUGAACACCUAGUAUUAAAUAAGGCUGCUAAUAUUAGGGAUACACUUUCUAUCAAUACUAUUGGUAGUAGAUAUGACCAAUGGUAAUCUUAAUUUAAGUGCUAGUAAAAAAAAAAGGAAUUGUGCUACUCUUAAAAUGUACUUCCAUUUACAGCUCUAAACAUCCUUUAAAGUAUAAUGAUUGUGGAGCAUGAGUUGGGAACUGGAGUUAUUUAUUGUGUGUACCAAAGAGUAAAAUAGAUCCAAAUAGGUUUCUCCAAUUUUUCAAAAGGUAAAUACAUCAUUUACAAACAUGGUGGGGGCGAAAGGAAUUGUUCAGUGGGAUAGGGAUCCAUGAAACCAAAAUUAAUGUCUAAAGAAAUACUUUCUAAUCUUUGCUAUGCCAUUUCUGUUCUCUGCCAGAUGGUUAUUUUCCUGUCAAUUGGUUUGAAGGAAAUAUGCAAUCCUACUUUGACAUCAGUAUCAAGUGUUCCUUUAUCACAUCUGUACUGAAACGUAAAUAAAACCUGGCUUUUAUCAGCUAAUUGCCCCAUGCCUGCCUUAUGUACCAGUGCAGCUAUUGCAUUUAAUGAACCAUGCCAAUAUUAUGAAUUUUCUGAAUGAGUUACUGCUCCAGAUAUGCUUAGAAUGCCAUGAGCUUGCAUUCCCCAUGGACAACGCUAGACUUAUUUUGUGUUAUUACCUCUGAAGCCAAGAGAGCCAUGAGUUUUCUAUGCUAUUAUUUGAUCUGGAAUUGACCUCCAGACCCAGGUACAAAUACUAGUACUACCCAUAUCUUUAGUAUCACCUUCAAUUAAAAGGACUGGUACAUAUAGUUUGUUCAACUGCAAUAUUUAAUUACACCAGCCUUAUUCAGGUGCUACUUUGACCAUCCCUUCUAGCUGCUGACUCAGGUCUCUCCCAGAGGUCUGUCAUAGAAAAGUCUUACAUGACUCUGAAAACCUCACCUCUGGAGGCUGCCAAGUCUGCUUACUUACACUUUUUAAAUCAUUUGGUUUGCUUUGGGAGGAUUAUUACCCAUUUCCUAUCUCUAUAUACAUUUCUCGUGUGGUAAAUUACUUUUUUGA